AUGUCCGCUAGCCCCGGUCCAGAGAAAAAUCCCACCCUUUCCGCUGACCCUGUCGCGGAAGACGAGCAGGACGCCAAAGCAGCCACCCCGAUCGCAGGCGAUAACGACAACGACGACCGCGAGGGAGCAGAGCUGAAGGCGCAAGUUGACGGAGCGGAUGAUGAUGGGGAUGAGGAUCAGGAUGAACUCGCUAAGCCAGCGCCUGCCGCGGACGAUGACAAUGAAGAGGAAGAGGAAGCCAACGGUGGCGGUUCCGAUGAUGAGUCGAUUCUGUCCGAAGUCGACGAGGCGCAAUUUGAGGACUUUGAUCCUGAGAACGUCGAUAUUGAGGAUCGGCCGCAGUUGGCGAUUGAUGAGGACAAUUUGAAGUUGAUCGGUCGGCACAAGCGCAAGAGGACUGAGGAGGGUGAUGGUGAGCGGUCGUCGAGGCGGAAGAAGGAAGGACGGCGUGAGAAGAAGAGCCGUCGGAUGAGGGAGCUGGAGGAGGGUGGUGAGGAUGAUGAAGGGGAGGGCAAGUCGAGGAAAAAGGAGCGCAAGAAGAGAGAUGCUACUCCGGAUGAGGAGUUGUUGGAUCCUGAAACGCGUCGUCGUCGGGCCCUUGAUCGUGCUAUGGACCAGGCAUUGAAGAAGCCUACGAAGCGACGUACCAAAAAGGCAGAUGGAAUUGACCUCGAGCAAAUGGCCGAUGCUGAAAUCGAAAGCAUGCGCAAGCGCAUGACCAACGCCGCUCAAAUGGACGCCUUCGCCCGUCGGGAGGGCAAGCCCGCAAUGCACAAGCUCAAGAUGUUGCCAGAGGUUGUCUCGCUACUCAACCGCAACCAGUACGUGAACAGUCUGGUCGACCCAGAAAUCAACCUUUUGGAGGCUGUCAAGUUCUUCCUCGAGCCGCUUGAUGAUGGCUCUUUGCCUGCCUACAAUAUCCAGCGCGAUCUGAUGAACGCUUUGGCCAGACUCCCCAUCUACAAGGAAGCUUUGGUGGCCAGUGGAAUUGGCAAGGUGAUUGUGUUUUACACCAGGAGCAAACGCCCCGAGGCUGGCAUCAAGCGUCUGGCAGAGCGUCUGCUUGCAGAAUGGACACGACCCAUCUUGCAGCGCAGUGAUGACUAUUCGAAGCGGGUUUACCAGGAGGCUGCAUUCGAUCCUACUAAACUCACCAACCGCGCACCCUCGGCCCAAGCGACCGCGGCGGAAGCCCGGGCACGAGAACUUCUUCCUCCCCGACUGGCAAACCGUGCCCGUGCCGAAAUCACGCACACCAGCUACACAGUGGUGCCCCGUCCGACAGUGGUGCAGGAGAGCAAAUUCGCCCGUCCUCUGGGAGCCAGUGGCGAGGAUCGGUUCCGACGGAUGCGGGCGCGACAGAUUGCAGCCACGAAAGGAUCUCGAAAAUAG